GGCGACACAAAGAAUAUCAGUUGCGGCAAUACUGGCAAUUUGAGUAAAGUUUAUAUGACUCAAGACCACAUAGAUGCAUAAUAAAUGGCGUAGUGAAAUUGCUUGGGGUAAUAUCAAGCAUUACGAUCCUGCAACGCAUAUGGCGAAAAUGACAUGGGACUCGGAAUUAGCGGAACUUGCAGAACGUCACGCUAAAAGUUGUGAAUUUGCACACGAUAAGUGCUACAAUAGGAACAAAUUUGAUGGGGCAAUUCCGAAUAUCGGUGUGAAAAUAUUAUUGAAUACAAAACCAACUCCACAAAAACCCAUGGUUGGACAUUUCCGUAAUUUUGUACAAGAUAAAGUCGAAGGAAUCGGAUGUGCUAUGUCAAUUGACAAUAAUGAUCAAGGAUCCAGUUAAUUUUACGUGGCAUGUGACUAUUCGUUUGACAAUGUGCUGGGGAUCCUGGUAUACAGAAUUGGCACAACUGUCUCCGAAUGUGGAAAUGGAUCAGAUGAAAAAUAUCGUGCCUUGUGCAGCUCAAAUAAAUUGUGUGUUUACAACCGCGAAUAAACAAUGAAAUCGGAUGAUUGAUUUGAAUUCCAUAUCUUAUAUCAUACUUCAUUAAUCAAUAUUUUAAGAUCAAAUUUCAUAAUUAUUUGAAUUGUUUUGUUUGUGGAAAAUUAAGUUUUUUGACUAU